CCAUCGUCCCCCGUCUCAUCACAUCGCCGUCGCCGGAGCCGGAGCCAGGCGGAGGAGAGAUCGUCUGCGCGCGGGAUGGGCGCAGCGGCGAAGAACCGCAGCGGCGCUGGAACCGGCACGGCGGCCUCGGAGGAGGAGAAGGGCCGCAAGAGGGGCCACGGAUCCACCGCGCUGUUCGUGGCCGUGGAUUACGCCUUCCUGCUCGCCUUCGCCGGGUUCCUCUCCUACCUCGUCGGCUCCCAGAUCCUCCCGUCCGCCGCAUAGAUCUGCCGCCCCCGUCGUCGUUUGCUUCUGGAGGCGAUGCGGUGUUAGA